GAAAUGGAAGAAUGCAAACCAGAUACUGUCAGUGACAAGUAUACCCAGAAGAAACUCAAGCGCAUAUUCCAGGUGCUUGAGGAGAAGAUCAUCACCUUUGUGAAGAAUGAGCUGAAGAGAUUCAAGAAGAUUGUGAGUCCAGAUUACCAAGAGAAGUCUGAAGGUAAAGAGCAGGAUGAGACUAAUGCCAGAGAAGGGGCUCUUAAGAUGGCACUGCACUUCCUGAGGAACAUGAAGCAGAAUAGUAUUGCUGACAAACUGCAAGAAAGUAAGACAUUUGAACUUUGUGUAGUGUGGCAGACUGAAUUGAAGAAAAAUCUCAAGAACAAGUACCAGAGUGUGUUUGAAGGAAUGCCCAAGCAAGGGAGCUCUGCUCUGCUGGAAAAGAUCUACACAGAGGUUUACAUCACAGAGGGAGGAAGUGGAAAAGUAAAUGAGGAGCAUGAAGUCAGGCAGAUUGAGUCCAUUUCCAAGAGACCAGCUGGACAGGAGACACCAAUCAAAUGCAGAGAUAUCUUUAAGCCCCUGCCUGGCCAAGACAAACCAAUCAGAAGUGUCAUCACAAAGGGAGUAGCUGGCAUUGGCAAAACUGUCUCAGUUCAGAAGUACAUCCUGGACUGGGCUGAAGGAAAAGAAAACCAAGAUGUCCACUUCAUCUUUCCACUGCCUUUUAGGGAGCUAAACCGCAUGAAAGAUAAACAGCUCUCUUUGAUGGAUCUUCUUCACCACUUUUUCUCAGAAAUUAAGCAGUUAACCUUUCCCAGCCAGGGGAAGUACAAAGUGUUGUUCAUCUUUGACGGUCUGGAUGAGUGCCGACUCCAGCUAGACUUUCAGAAAAAUGACAUUUUGACUGAAAUGACGAAUGUCACUUCAUUGGAUGUUCUGCUGACAAAUCUCAUCAAAGGUGAUCUGCUUCGCUCUGCUCUCGUUUGGAUCACCUCUCGACCAGCAGCAGCCAAUCAAAUCCCUCCUGAGUGUGUUGACCGGGUCACAGAAGUACAAGGGUUCAGCGACGCUCAGAAGGAGGAGUACUUCAGGAAGAGGAUCAGUGAUGAGAAUCUUGCCAGCAAAGUUGUCACUCACAUAGAAUCAUCAAGAAGCCUCCACAUUAUGUGCCACAUACCAGUGUUUUGCUGGAUUGCAGCUACUGUUAUUGAACGUAUUCUUAAGACUGAAGGAGAUAAGCAAGUUCCAAAGACUUUGACAGAGAUGUACACGUAUUUCCUUGUUUUUCAAACCAAGCAGAGGAGUCUGAAGUUUGAAGGAGUUUAUGACACAGAUCCACAGUGGAACCAGGCUAGUCUCCUCGCUCUAGGAAAGUUGGCCUACGAGCAGCUGAACAAGGGCAACCUGAUCUUUUAUGAAGACGACCUGAGAGAGAGUGGUAUUGAUGUCAGAGAGGCAGCAGUACACUGUGGCAUCUGCACCCAGAUCUUUCAGGAGGAGUCAGGCCUUCAUCAGGAAAAGUUGUACUGCUUUGUGCAUCUGAGCAUCCAGGAGUACCUUGCAGCUCUGUAUGUGAUCCUGAUGUUAAUAACUGAGGGGAAAGAUCUCAUGUCCCCACAGCAACCCCCCAGAACAAUGUUUCAACGUCUGAAAUGGAAAACGGGCAAACCCAUGACCACCUUACAGAAGAGUGCAGUGGACAAAGCAAUGGAACAUGAAGAUGGGCGCUUUGAUCUGUUCCUCCGUUUCCUUCUUGGCUUCUCUCUGGAAUCCAACCAGAGACUCUUGAGAGGCCUAAUAAAGGAAGCACACCAUGAAAGCAAAGAAGAAAUAGGCAGGUACAUUAAGACAAAGAUCAGGGAGAUGCCAUCAUCAGAAAGAGUUCUCAACCUCUUCCACUGUCUGAAUGAAGUCAAUGAUCACUCCUUAGUGGAGGAGGUCCAGAGCUUCCUGAGUGCAGGGACACUUUCAGCUGCCAAACUCUCAUCCACACAGUGGUCAGCUCUUGUGUUUGUGCUUCUGACGUCAGCAGAAAAGCUGGAUGUGUUUGAUUUGAAGAAGUACAGCAGGUCUAAUGAAUGUCUCCUAAGGCUGCAGCCAGUGGUGGAGGAAUCCCAAAAGGCUCUGCUCAACAGUUGUGGGCUCACUGAGAGGAGCUGUGCAGGUCUGGCAUCUGUCCUCACCAAAGCGUCUUCAAAGCUGAAACAUCUGGACCUCAAUGACAACAGUAUUGGAGAUAAUGGUGUCCAAGAAUUGUGUAGUGGACUGGGUAACCCAAACUGUGCACUGGAGACACUCAGGCUCUCUGACUGCAGUAUCACAGAGAAGGGCUAUGCUAGUCUGGCUUCAGCCCUGAGGUUAAAUCCCAAUCACCUGAGAGAGCUUGAUCUCAGUGGAAAUGAUCCAGGGAAAUCUGGAGUCAAGCUGCUUUUAGACCUGAAGGAGGAUCCACAGUGUACACUGAGAAAUGUCCAGUUCCUGAAGAGUAGUGCUGCUGAGGAAGCCUGUGCUGCUGUGGCUUCAGCUGUGGGUUCAAACCCCUUACUCAUGACUCAGCUGGAUCUGAGUGAGCGCAUACCAGGAGCCUUGGGAGUGACUCAGCUGUGUGCUUUACUGCAGGAUCCCCACUGCACACUGCAGACAUUACGGUUAGUAGAUAACUGCAGUAUUGGAGAGGAAGGCUUCAGAGCUCUUGCAUCAGCACUGAGAUCAAACCCCUCACACAUGAGAGAGCUGCAGCUGAGUGAGAAUGAAGCAGCAGGAGACUCAGGAGUGAAGCAUCUUUCUUCUCUUCUGGAGGAUCCCAACUGUAAACUGGAGAAACUACACCUGGAUAACUGCAGUAUUGGAGAGGAAGGCUUCAGAGCUCUUGCAUCAGCACUGAGAUCAAACCCCUCACACAUGAGAGAGCUGCAGCUGAGUGAGAAUAGAGCAGCAGGAGACUCAGGAGUGAAGCAUCUUUCUUCUCUUCUGGAGGAUCCCAACUGUAAACUGGAGACACUACACCUGUCAUGCUGCAGUAUUGGAGAGGAAGGCUUCAGAGCUCUUGCAUCAGCACUGAGAUCAAACCCCUCACACAUGAGAGAGCUGCAGCUGGGUGGGAAUGAAGCAGGAGACUCAGGAGUGAAGCAUCUUUCUUCUCUUCUGGAGGAUCCCAACUGUAAACUGGAGAAACUACACCUGCAGUGGUGCAGUAUAACAGAUGAAGGUUUCAGAGCUUUAGCAUCAGCACUGAGAUCAAACCCAUCAGCCCUCAGAGAGCUCAAUCUGUGGUGUAAUCAUCCUGGACCCUCAGCACAGCAGCUGCUCUCUGAACUGAAGACACAUCCAAACUGUAAACAUCUACGAAUACUAGGACCCUAAUGAGUCCAUCCUGUUGUGUUCCACCUGAAUCAUGUUUUUACACUGUGCAUAAAUAAGUGUUG